AUGUCAUCCUCCCCGCACCCCAACCUCGACGCCCUCCAGCGCGACGGCUUCGUCGUCAUCCGCAACCUCCUCACGCCCUCCGAAGUCACCCACUACCGCACCAUCGCCACAGCAGCAACCACCAAAACCCGCUCCGGCGGCUGGCCACACUUCCGCACUGUCCCCAAACAAUUCCCUCCCUGGCCAACAACCCCACCCCCAGCCUCGGAAGGCGGCAUCUGGGGUGUCCAGCACCUGAUGCAUCCCGAAAUGCCCGGCCGCGAAGACUUUGCCAAAUGCUACUUCUCCGAGUCCAUUCUGUCCGUCGCAGGUGAACUAAUGGGCGUGUCCACCGGCACAGGCGACAACGAACCCCUCGUCAUGGAACUAUUCAACCUCCUCGUUGCGCCGGAAACAAAGGACUUUGAAUUACGCUGGCACCGCGAUGAUAUCUCCGAAAAGUGCUCUGCCGAAGAAGAACUCAGCCAACUCGCAGCAAAGUCCCCGGGUGGUCGCCAGAGCCACGCACAAUAUAACCUCGCGCUAUGCCCGGACGCAUCGCUCAUCGUAAUCCCGGGCUCGCACCGGCGCGCGCGCACAGAUAUCGAGCGGAACGCGGAUCCCUACGAGUCCGUUCUUCCGGAUCAAUUGGUCGUGCAGCUGCAGCCGGGUGAUGCGGUGUUUUACGAUAGUAAUAUCUUGCAUCGGGGGGUGUACAAGGGGAAGGCUGAGGGUGGGGAGGAGAGUCGGUUGACGUUGCAUGGGAGUUUGGGAUUGAAGGCGGCUGAUGCGGCGGAUGCGGAGUCGAAGAAGGUGCGUGCUACGGCGGUGUUGCAGCAUGGAGUUGGGGCGUGGGUGAAUCGCGAGGAUGCGGCGUUUGGGCUUGGUGAGAGGCCUGAGAGGAUGAGGGCGAAUUUGGUCGCGAUGGGGAGUGGGGAGGGUGUUGGGUAUUCGUUGCAGGGGUAG